AUGGAGGAACAAAUGAGGUUCACAGUUGCCAUGGAGGUCCCAGUGGUGGAUGUGGAGAAUGAUGGGGUUGAGUAUGUGAGGAUAAUUACCUCAGAUGAUGCUGAUGAAGUGUUUCCUGGCCUAUCUCAACCAGAACCACAAACACAAGAAUCCCCCUCUGCUAAGAAACCUACCAAAUCAAAACCCAAGAAGAAACUUACCCCAAAAAAGAGGAAACAAAAACCUGCCCCCCCACAGCCUACUGAAAGCACACCCACAACACAAACCAGACAAACUGAAACUGACCCACAAUCACCCCAGCCCACACAACCUGAAACAACACAACCUACACAAGAAGCACCCCAGCCCACACAACCUGAAACUGCCCCCCCCCACCUCCAUCACAACAAGCAGCACCUGAAACUGCCCCCCACCUCCAUCACAGCAAGCAGGACCUGA